CUGCGCCACCUUGACGGCAUUUAAUCAUUGAGAAAAGACAGGAAACGUACUCAUUCGUUAUCCUCCUACACUCCCACCCCGCCUUCCUUCCCUCUGUCCCCCUGCCUCUGACUCUCAUCUCUCCUGCCUGCCGUCUCCGGUGCGUCUGUUCGCUGUGUAGAGCGGCGGUGUGCAUGUGUCGCGGAGCGGGGGGAGCGCUGCACUGUUCUGCGCACUGGUUCCGCUGGACACCACCGAAUAACGGCGCUCGACAACCGGGUGCUGGUGGAGGGGGGAGACUGGACCCGGACCAGGAGCAGGAGCAGGACCGGGAGAAGCACCGUGGCUCUUUAUAGCCCGCUCUCCGAAAACAUGUCCGAGUUUUUUCUACUCGCCUUUCUAGCCCUAUUCUCGGGAUUAUUUCCAUGCGCCGAGCCCUCGGUGGUGUCGGGCGAGGAGAAAGAAGCCAUCUUGUGCGACGUAGGGGAGUUUCACUGUCACGACCAGGAAACCUGCAUCCCCGAAGCCUGGCUCUGUGAUGGCGAGCCUGACUGCCCCGACGACUCAGACGAGACUGACAAGACUUGUGUGCAGGAGGUGGUGAUCAGAUGUCCUCUCAAUCACAUACAGUGCAUCGGGACAAAAAAAUGUAUUCAUUUCAAUAAACUCUGCAAUGGGGCCAGAGACUGUGAAGAUGGCUACGAUGAAGGAGUUCACUGUCGAGAGCUCCUGUCAGCCUGCCACGAGCUCCGGUGCCGCUACGGCUGCGUCAUGACGAGAAACGGCACCUUCUGUUUCUGCGCUGAUGGCUUUGAGGUCGGCGAGGACGGGACGAGCUGCAGAGAUCAUGAUGAAUGUGCCAUGUAUGGCGCAUGCAGCCAAACCUGCACGAACACCUACGGGUCAUACAGAUGCAGCUGCACAGAGGGAUACAUCCUGCAGCCUGACAGGACAUCUUGCAAAGCCAAACAAGAUCCUGGUGACAGCCGUCCAAUGCUAGUCAUUGGUGGUGCAGAUCGUAUUGUCAUCACCCAUCUAAAUGGAACAGGCCUCCAGCCCCUGAGGUCUCUGAGUGUAAAUGGAACACUGGCAUUGGAUUUCCAGCACAACCAGGAGAGCGUAUGCUGGGCUCUCUCGACAGAAUCCUCUGGGCAACUCCACUGUGCUGAAACAAGGAAUCUGCGUGGAUUCACACGGGAAAAGGAAAUAAGAACGCAACAAAGUUUGCAACAUGUGGAGCACAUGGCCAUCGACUGGCUGACAGGCAACUUCUAUUUUGUUGACCGAGUCACCGACAAGAUAUUUGUCUGUAACCAUGCUGGGGACACAUGUGUUACUAUCCUGCAACUAGACCUGCUGAAUCCUAAAGGAAUAGCUCUGGAUCCUCUCAUGGGAAUGCUCUUCUUCACCGACUAUGGGAAUGUGGCCAAGGUGGAGCGCUGCAACAUGGACGGCACCAACCGGACUCGGCUGGUGGAUUAUAAAAUUGAGCAGCCCACUGCUGUGGCAUUGGACGUGGUCAAGAAGCUGGUGUACUGGGCAGACGCCUACCUGGAUUACAUCGAUGUGGUGGAUUACCACGGCAGAAACAGGCACACCAUUAUCCAUGGGAGCCAAGUGUCGUACAUUUAUGCAUUAGCUGUGUUUGAGGACUACCUUUAUGCUACCCACUCUGACCCCUCCGAAGGGAGUUCCUCCGUGGAGCUGUUACAGAUCCACAGGUUCAACAUCACAGCGGAGAGCAGGACACUAGCCAGCCUGGGGAAUACUAGAAGACUCCGUGUUUACCACAAACUCACUCAGCCAAAAGUCAGGAGUCACGCAUGUGAAGUAGUUUCAUUUGGAAAGCCGGGUGGAUGUUCCCAUAUCUGCCUCCUGAGUGGCAGCUACAAGUCCAGAACGUGCCGCUGUCGUACUGGCUACAGCCUGGGCUCAGAUGGACAGUCCUGUAAAAAGCCCAAAAACGAUCUCUUCCUGUUCUACGGUAAGGGGCGUCCAGGGGUCAUCAGAGGCCUGGAUAUGAAUAUCAAGUCCAGCGAUGAGCACAUUGUGCCAAUUGAAGACCUGGUCAACCCUCGAGCCAUCGACUACUACGCAGAACUGGGACACAUCUACUUCGCUGACACCACCAGUUUCCUUAUUGGGCGACAAAAAAUAGAUGGAAGCAGCAGAGAGACGAUACUCAAAGACGAACUCGACAAUGUUGAAGGAAUCUCAGUGGACUGGAUUGGGAAUAAUUUGUAUUGGACCAACGAUGGCUACAGGAAGACAAUCAGCGUUGCCAGACUUGAGCGAGCCUCCCAGACCAGGAAGACGCUGUUGGAAGGGAAUAUGUCACACCCUCGGGCCAUCGUGGUCGACCCUCUUAACAGCUGGAUGUACUGGACCGACUGGGAAGAGGAUGAGGUGAAUGACAGCAUAGGGCGGAUAGAGAAAGCCUGGAUGGACGGAUCCAACCGCCGCAUUUUCGUCACCUCCAACAUGCUGUGGCCCAAUGGUCUGACUCUGGACCACAGCACAAGCACCAUGUACUGGUGUGACGCCUACUACGAUCACAUCGAGAAGAUUCAUCUCAAUGGGACUGGAAGAAUGGUGGUGUACAAUGGAAAAGAGCUGAACCAUCCGUUUGGGAUCUCUCAUUAUCGUAAUUUCAUCUUUUGGACGGAGUACAUGAAUGCCUCCGUCUUCCAGCUGGACUUGACCACCGGCGAUGUCACUCUGCUGCGGAGCGAGAGACCACCACUAUUUGGCCUUCGUGUCUACGACGCACAGAGUCAGCAAGGUGACAACGCAUGCAGUGUGAAUUAUGGGGGCUGCGGUACCCUCUGCCUUGCCAUCCCAGGAGGCAGAGUAUGUGCCUGCGCUGACAACCAGGUUCUGGAGAAGAACAAUGUCACCUGUGCAGAACCCUCCAGCAGUGGCUUGGAGCCACAGCGAUGUAAAAGUGAUGAGUUCCAGUGCCAUAAUCAUCGCUGCAUACGGGCCCUGUGGAAGUGUGAUGGAGAUGAUGACUGCCUGGAUGGAAGUGACGAGGAGAGCCACAGCUGCUACAAUCACACCUGUCCUGUCGAUCAGUUCAAAUGCAGCAACAAUCGCUGCAUUCCCAAAAGAUGGCUUUGCGACGGAACAAAUGACUGCGGUAACAGUGAAGACGAAGCCAACACUACAUGCUCAGCCCAGCCCUGUCAGGCCGACCAGUUCUCCUGCCAGAACGGACGAUGUAUACCGCAACCCUGGAGCUGCGACCGGGAGGAUGACUGUGGGGAUAUGUCUGAUGAAAUAUCAUGCACCUUCCCAACCUGUGAGCCCCUCACCCAGUUCAGCUGUUCCAAUGGACGAUGCAUCAGUGUGAAGUGGCACUGUGAUUCAGAUGACGACUGUGGAGACGGCAGUGAUGAAGUGGGCUGCAUCCAGUCAUGUGCCAACACCCAGUUUCAGUGCACCAGUGGUCGCUGUAUCCCAGACCACUGGGCCUGUGACGGUGACAACGACUGUGGAGACUUCAGUGAUGAGAAUACAACCUGCAGAGGUGGAUCAUCACUGCUGCCAACUGUGAUCGAGUGCAGCGGAGAGGAAUUCCACUGUGUCACAGAUGGAACCUGCAUCCCAGAGCGCUGGAGGUGUGACGGAGACAAGGACUGCGAGGAUGGGAGCGACGAAAAAGACUGUGAGGGCACCAAGAGGAUGUGCGACCCCAAGGCCAAGUUCACCUGCAAAGAUACAGGCAAGUGUAUCACAAAGAGCUGGGUGUGUGAUGGAGACAUUGACUGUGAGGACCGCUCAGAUGAGGAGUCCUGUGAGUCUGCUGUCUGUAAGCCACCCAAGUACCCUUGUGCCAACGACACCUCUGUCUGCCUCACACCUGAUAAGAUCUGCAAUGGCAAAGUGGACUGUGCGGACCGCUCGGAUGAAGGCCCCAUCUGUGAUAUGUGUCUUGUAGCCAGAGGGGGCUGCAGUCACCAGUGUACCGUGGCACCAGGGAAAGGGGUGGUGUGCUUUUGUCCCCCUGGGCUUCACCUGGACUCCAGUAACAAGACGUGUGAAGUGGUGGACUACUGCAGCCGUCACCUAAAGUGCAGCCAGGUGUGUGAGCAGUACAAGACCACAGUGAAGUGCUCCUGUUAUCCAGGAUGGACGCUCGACCCAGACGGAGACAGCUGUCACAGCACAGAUCCCUUUGAGGCUUUCAUCAUUUUCUCAAUCCGGCAUGAGAUAAGACGAAUAGACCUUCACAAGCGGGACUACAGCCUGCUGGUGCCGGGGCUGAGGAACACCAUCGCGCUAGACUUCCACUUUAAUCACAGCCUGCUUUACUGGACAGAUGUGGUGGAGGAUAAGAUCUACAGAGGACGGCUCUCAGAGACUGGCGGCGUGACAGGGAUUGAGGUGGUCGUGCAGCACGGCCUGGCCACCCCGGAGGGCCUGGCCGUGGACUGGAUUACAGGGAAGCUGUACUGGAUCGACAGCAAUCUGGACCAGAUCGAGGUGGCCAAACUUAACGGAGAUAUGCGCACCACACUGAUUGCCGGAGGCAUGGAGCAUCCACGGGCCAUCGCUCUCGAUCCAGGGCAGGGGAUUCUCUUCUGGACUGACUGGGAUGCUACUUUCCCUCGCAUCGAGGCUGCAUCAAUGAGUGGGGGAGGUCGACACAUUGUGUUCAAGGAUAUGGAAAUCGGCGCCUGGCCUAAUGGACUGACUCUGGAUCAUUUGGAAAAGAGGAUUGUUUGGACAGAUGCACGCUCCGAUGCCAUUUUCUCUGCACUCUAUGAUGGAAGUGGGGUCAUUGAGAUCCUCAGGGGCCACGAAUACCUGUCCCAUCCCUUUGCUGUGUCUCUUUUUGGAGGCAAUGUCUACUGGACGGACUGGAGGACGAACACUUUAGCCAGAGCCAAUAAGUGGACUGGGCACAAUGUCACAGUCAUCCAAAAGACGAGUGCUCAGCCUUUUGACUUGCAGAUCUUCCACCCCAGCAGGCAGCCACAAGCCUCUAACCCAUGUGAAGGGAAUGAUGGACGGGGUCCCUGUUCACAUCUGUGUCUCAUCAAUUACAACCGCACUGCGUCCUGCACCUGUCCACACCUUAUGAAGCUUUCACCCAACAAACAAUCCUGCUUUGCGCUGAAAAGGUUCCUCCUGUAUGUGCGGCGGUCUGAAAUCCGGGGUGUGGAUAUUGACAACCCUUAUAUGAACGUCAUGACGGCGCUAACGGUGCCGGAUAUAGACGAUGUUACAGUGGUGGACUAUGAUGCCCAGGAGGAGAGGAUCUACUGGGCUGACAUCAAAACCCAAACCAUUAAACGGGCCUUUAUCAAUGGCACCCAGCUAGAGACCAUCAUUUCUGCAGACAUAGUGAACUGCCGUGGUCUGGCUUUAGACUGGCUUUCCAGGAACUUGUACUGGCUCAGCUCCGAAAAUGACGAGUCGCAAAUCAAUGUGGCUCGCUUUGAUGGCUCCCUGAAGACCUCCAUCAUCCACGGCAUUGAUAAGCCAAGGUGCCUUGUAGUGCACCCCGCCAAGGGAAAAAUCUAUUGGACAGAUGGCAACACCAUUAACAUGGCCAACAUGGACGGGAGUAACAGCAAGGUCCUCCACCAGAAUCAGAGGGAUCCUGUAGGUCUCUCAAUAGACUACACUGCCAACAAGCUGUACUGGAUAAGCUCGGCCAAUGGCACUAUCAACAGGUGCAAUCUGGACGGCAAUGGGCUGGAAGUACUGGAGACUCUAAAGAGGGAGUUAGCCAAAGGCACAGCUCUGGCUGUGAUGGCAAAUGACACCGUGUACUGGACAGACAUGGGCCUCAACAGAAUAUCGCGGGCCAAACGUGAUCAGACCUGGAGGGAGGACAUCAUUACUACCGGCAUCAGCCGGGUGGAAGGCAUCGCUGUUGACUGGAUCGCUGGAAACCUAUACUGGACAGACCAUGGUUUCAAUCUAAUAGAAAUCUCCCGUCUGAAUGGUGCAUACCGCUCAGUGGUCAUAUCUGAAGGACUUGAUCAACCCAGGGCCAUUGCUGUACAUCCACAGAAGGGGUAUCUCUUUUGGACUGAAUGGGGCCAGAACCCCUGUAUUGGCCGCUCCCGCCUGGAUGGUUCAGAUCAGGUUACCUUGGUCAACUCGGGCAUCAUGUGGCCCAAUGGAAUUUCCAUAGACUAUGAGGAAAAUACAUUAUACUGGUGCGACGCCCGCACAGAUAAGAUCGAGAGGAUCAACCUUGAGACAGGUGAGAGCCGGGAGAUUGUACUGUCAGUGGCUAACGUAGACCUGUUCUCAGUUGCUGUGUUUGGGCCUUACAUCUACUGGUCUGACAGGGCUCACUCCAAUGGUUCAAUCCGACGUGGCUUCAAGAGUGACACCAAUGAGGCUGUGACCAUGAGGAGUGGUCUGGGGGUUAAUUUGAAGGAUGUGACAGUCUUCAACAGAGGCAGAGAAAAAGGCACAAACCCCUGUGCCAGGAGUAAUGGAGGCUGCCAGCAGCUGUGCUUCCACCUUGGUAGUGGUCGGCGGACUUGCUCCUGUGCCCAUGGCCGUCUGGCAGAGGACGGCUUCGCCUGUGAGCGCUAUGAAGGUUAUCUGCUCUUCUCUGAGAGGACCAUACUGAAAAGCAUCCACCUUUCAGAUGAGAAUGACCUCAACUCACCUGUUCAGCCUUUUGAAAAUCCUGCUUUUUUCAAGAAUGUCAUAGCCCUUGCUUUUGACUACAGUCAGAAGACAGCAAGGACCAACCGCAUCUUUUUCAGUGAUGUCCAUUUUGGAAACAUCCAGAUGAUUAAUGAUGAUUGGACAGGAAGAUCUAUUAUUGCAGAAAAUGUGGGUUCAGUGGAGGGCCUGGCCUACCACCGAGCCUGGGACACCUUGUACUGGACCAGCUCCACUACGUCCACCAUCACCAGACAAACUGUGGACCAGGGACGAGUCGGUGGCUUCGGUCGGCAGGCCGUGGUCACUCUCUCGGAGGAAGACCAUCCACACGUCCUGGCCCUGGAUGAGUGUCAAAACCUGAUGUUUUGGACCAACUGGAAUGAGCAGCGACCCAGCAUCAUGAGAUCCACUUUAGCAGGCAAGAACAUGAGGAUUAUCAUCAGUUCUGACAUCCUGACACCCAAUGGACUAACUAUUGACCACAAAGCAGAGAAGCUCUACUUUUCAGAUGGCAGCCUUGGCAAAAUUGAGAGAUGUGACUACGAUGGUUCCAGCAGAUAUGUCAUAAUUAAAGGAGCAGGAAACUUCUACGGGCUCGCCAUCUACGCAGAUUUCAUUUACUGGUCAGACUGGGCCCGCAGGUCUGUGCUGCGAUCAAACAAGUACACAGGCGGUGAUACCAAGGUACUUCGAGCAGACAUACCUCAUCAACCAAUGGGAAUUAUAGCUGUGGCCAGGGACACAAACAACUGUGAGCUGUCCCCAUGCCGACACAUGAACGGAGGAUGCGGUGACCUUUGCCUCCUGACCCCGUAUGGGAGGGUCAACUGCACUUGCCGUGGAGAACGUGUGCUGUUAGACGACAACAGAUGUGUGUCAGAAAACUCCUCCUGCAACAUCCACACUGAAUUUGAGUGUGGGAAUGGCGAGUGCAUAGACUACCAGCUAACCUGUGACGGCGUAGCCCACUGCAAAGAUAAAUCAGAUGAGAAGAUGCAAUACUGUGACAACAGGAGCUGUCGGAAGGGUUACAGGCCCUGCUACAACCAGCGGUGUGUUGCCAACAGUCGUUUCUGUGACAGGAUCGAUGACUGUGGGGAUAACUCUGAUGAGGCUUUCUGUAGCAAUGUCACGUGCGGCUCAUCAGAAUCACCGUGCAAGGAUGGGAGCUGUGUACCCAGCUCAGCCUGGUGUAACCAGGUCAUUGACUGUGCCGAUGCCUCAGAUGAGAAAAGCUGCAACCACACCGACUGCUCUCACUUUUACAAGCUGGGGGUGAAAGAAAAGGAUUUCAUCAGCUGCAACUCCACCUCACUGUGCAUCCACCCAUCAUGGAUCUGCGAUGGUGCCAACGACUGUGGAGACUACGCUGACGAGACCAACUGCCAGGUUUCCCAUGGGCAGAAGUGCGAAGAGGGCCACUUUGCUUGUCCAAGUGGGAACUGCAUCUCCAGCGUGUGGCUGUGUGAUGGCCAAAAAGACUGUGAAGACGGCGCAGAUGAAUUCCAGUGUGACUCGUCAUGCUUGUGGAACCAGUUUGCCUGCUCAAAGAACAAGUGCAUCGCCAAACAAUGGUUGUGUGAUGGGGAGAACGACUGCGAGGAUGGCCUGGACGAGAGCGUGCAGAUCUGUGGCUCGGUGACAUGUGCUCCAGGGCUGUUCAGCUGCCCUGGGUCGUAUGCCUGUGUUCCGAAACGCUGGCUCUGUGAUGGUGAAAGGGACUGCCCUGAUGGGAGUGAUGAACUUUCUGCAGCUGGCUGUGCACCCAACAACACAUGUGAUGACAGCUCGUUUCGCUGCCGCAACAAAGCAUGCAUCCCCCAGCGGUUCGUCUGUGAUCAUGACGACGACUGUGGAGACGGGUCUGACGAGUCAGUGGAAUGUGUGUAUCGUUCCUGUGGAUCAGAGGAAUUUCGCUGCGGGGAUGGCCGCUGUCUUCUCAGCUCUCAAUGGGAGUGUGACAGCUAUGCAGACUGUCCCGACCACUCUGACGAACUGCCUCUGAACCUCAAAUGUCUGGCGGCAGGAAGCUUGUGCAAUGGCUCCUUCUUCAUGUGCUCCAAUGGUCGCUGCAUCUCGGAGGGGAACCUCUGUGAUGGGAGAGAUGAUUGUGGAGACCGAUCGGAUGAGAGGAACUGUGAUGUGAACGAAUGCUUGAAUCGCAGAGUUAGUGGGUGCACACAGGACUGCCAAGAUCUUCCUGUGGGAUACAAGUGUAAAUGCUGGCCUGGUUUCUACCUGAAGGAUGAUGGAAAGACGUGUGUGGAUGUUGACGAAUGCUCCACCGUCCUUCCCUGUAGCCAGCGCUGCAUCAACACUUACGGCUCCUUUAAGUGCAUGUGUGUGGAUGGCUAUGAAGCCUUGGAGCGCAACCCCAAUACAUGCAAGGCUCUGUCAGCUGAAGAGCCUUUUCUCAUUAUGGCUGACCACCACGAGAUCCGGAAGCUGAGUGUGGAUGGCUCAAAUUACACCAUCCUAAAACAGGGCCUCAACAACAUAAUCCACAUAGACUUUGACUACAAGAAGGAAUUUAUCUAUUGGGUGGACUCAACCAGGCCAAGUGGUCGAAAGAUCAACAGAAUGCGCCUCAAUGGGAGUGACCUCAAGAUAGUCCACAAAACAGCAGUGCCCAGCGCCUUAGCAGUGGACUGGAUAGGAAAAAAUCUGUACUGGUGUGAUGCUGAAAGGAAGACACUGGAAGUGUCCAAGGCCAAUGGCCUCUACCCUACCGUUCUGAUCAGUUCUGGCCUUAAGAACCCCACGGAUCUAGCUCUGGACCCUCAGACAGGGUACGUGUUCUGGGUAGACUGCUGUGAACCCCCGCACAUUGGGCGUAUUGGCAUGGAUGGCCGAGGGCAAACGGUUAUCAUUGACACAGAGAUCUAUAGCCCCACUGCACUCACUAUCGAUUACACCAACAAGAGGCUCUACUGGGCAGACGACAACCACAUCCUGCUUGCCAACAUGGAUGGCACCCAAAGACGCAAAGUGUCCUAUGAUCACAUCCAAGGGGUAAUGGCCCUGACUUUGUUUGAGGACUUUGUGUAUUGGACGGAUGGGAAGUCCAAAUCACUACGACGUGCUCACAAGACAACCGGCACUCAAGGGAUGGAGCUCCUCAACUCCUGGCAAGCCAUCAAAUCCAUCAAGGUCUACCACUCCCUGCGUCAGCCUGAAGUACCCAAGCACCAGUGUCAGAUUGCAAACGGAGGAUGCAGCCACCUGUGUCUUCUAUCUCCUGGUGGGGAGCACAAAUGUGCCUGUCCCACUAAUUUUUACUUGGCUGCUGACAAUAAGACCUGCCUCUCCAACUGCACCUCCAGUCAGUUUCGCUGCGGGACAGAUGAGUGUAUCCCUUUUUGGUGGAAGUGUGACACGGUAGAUGACUGUGGAGAUGGAUCAGAUGAACCUGCUGACUGCCCUGAAUUCAAAUGUCAGCCUGGGCGUUUUCAGUGUGGUACUGGCCUUUGUGCUCUCCCUCCAUUUAUCUGCGAUGGAGAGAAUGACUGUGGUGACAACUCAGACGAAGCUAACUGUGAGACAUACAUCUGUCUGUCGGGCCAGUUCAAGUGCACCAGGAAACAGAAAUGCAUCCCUCUUAACCUGCGCUGCAACGGUCAGGACGACUGUGGAGAUGGAGAGGAUGAGACAGACUGCCCUGAAAGCACCUGCUCCCCAGACCAGUUCCAGUGCAAGGCCUCAAUGCACUGCAUCUCCAAACUCUGGGUUUGUGAUGAGGACCCUGACUGCGCAGACGGGUCAGACGAGGCUAAUUGCGAUGAAAAGACCUGCGGACCUCAUGAAUUCCGCUGCGAGAAUAACAACUGCAUCCCAGACCACUGGAGGUGUGACAGCCAGAAUGACUGCGGAGACAACUCAGAUGAGGAGAACUGCAAGCCAGUCACCUGCAACCACAAGGACUUUGCCUGCGCCAACGGAGACUGCAUCUCCUCCAGAUUCCGCUGUGAUGGAGACUACGACUGCCUGGAUAAUUCAGAUGAGAAAGACUGUGAGGCGCGCUGUGCAGAUGACCAGUUUCGGUGUCACAACAACCUCUGCAUCUCGCUCAAAUGGCUGUGUGACGGCCAAGAGGACUGCAAGAUGGGGGAAGAUGAGAAAAACUGCCAGGAAACAGCCCCUUCAUGUUCCAUGAACGAGUACGUGUGUGCCAGCGGAGGGUGUGUGUCAGCCAGCCUGCGAUGUGAUGGACAUGACAACUGUCUGGAUGGCUCAGAUGAGGUCGGCUGUGUGAAGGAGUGCAGAGAAGAUGAGUUUCUCUGCCUGAAUCGUGCCCACUGCAUCCCUCGGCGCUGGCGCUGCGAUGACGUGUUGGACUGCAUGGACCACAGUGAUGAGGAAAACUGCAGCCAGGGUGCUUUCUUCUGCCGGGCCGAUGAGUUCAUUUGCAACAACACCUUAUGCAAACUCCACACGUGGGUGUGUGAUGGCAAGGACGAUUGUGGAGAUAACUCUGACGAGGACAUAGACAUGUGUGCAAAACUUCCCUGCCCUCCUACAAGGCCAUUCCGUUGCAGAAAUGAUCAUGUGUGUCUGCGCACGGACCAAGUUUGCAACAAAGUGGAUGACUGUGGUGACAACUCGGAUGAAGAAGAGUGUGCAGAGGUGGUGGCUGGAAGACCUCGACCUUGUGGAAAGACAGAGUUCACCUGCAGUAACCAACGCUGCAUCCCCAUCCAGCUGCAGUGCGACCUCUUCAGCGACUGCGGCGAUGGCGGCUCAGACGAGCAAGACUGCAAGGCCUUUUCCAACGGAGAUGUAUGUGGAAAGAAAACAAAUCCAUGUGGAGAGGAUGCGAUUUGCAACCAGACAAAUGCUAAUGCUAUAUGCCAGUGCAAACCUGGCUUUAAGAGGAAUCAACACACAGGCCUAUGUGAAGAGAUAAAUGAAUGCCUGCAGUAUGACGCAUGUCCUCAUUACUGCACAAACACUAAAGGAUCUUUUAAGUGCACAUGUGAUCGAAAUUAUAAGGAGAUCAAUGGCAAUUGCAUUGCAAAAGGACCAGAAGAUCGAGUGCUCUACAUAGCUAAUGAUACUGAAAUCCGAAGUUUUGUGUAUCCAUUUAACCAGAGCCACGGACACAAACUGCUCACUCACAUUGAGGACAAUGCCCGCAUUAUUGGGAUGGAUGCUCUGUUUCACCACCAAAAGUUUAUCUGGGCCACCCAAUUUAACCCUGGUGGAAUUUUUUACAAAGACAAUCUAGAGAGAAGUCAAACUAAGACAAAUGUCAGAAACAUUUGUUCAGACUUCCGUCGACCCAGAGAUAUUUCUGCUGACUGGAUCACAGGCAACAUCUACUGGACCGAUCACUCUCGAAUGCACUGGUUCAGCUAUUACACAGCCCACUGGACUAAAUUACGGUAUUCCAUAAAUGUGGGGCAACUUAAGGGACCAAAUUGCACUCGCCUGAUUACUGACAUUGCAGGAGAGCCAUACGCCAUAGCUGUCAACCCAGCCAGAGGGAUGAUGUACUGGAGCGUAAUAGGUGAUCACUCUCAUAUCGAGGAAUCAGCCAUGGAUGGCUCCUUACGCAGAGUGCUCUUGGAAAAAAAUCUCAGGAGACCCACCGGGCUGGCCAUUGAUUAUUUCAACCAGCGAUUAUACUGGGCAGAUCCUGAGCUCUCACAGAUAGGGAGCGUGAGAUUGGAUGGCUCGGACCCUCUGGUGUCAAUCAGUGACAGACACGGAAUUUCUCAACCAUACAGAAUUGAUAUAUUUGAAGACUACAUCUACGGAACUGGACUAAAACACGAGGUUUUCAAGAUUCACAAGUAUGGCAAACAGUCGGUGGAAUUUCUCAAUUUGGGGAUGGAGAAGUCCACUAAUGUUUUGAUCUCCCACCGUUAUAAACAGCAAGAUGCAUCAAAUCCAUGCCUGAGAAUGUCUUGUGAUUUCAUGUGUCUCCUCAACCCAACCGGUGCCAGAUGUACCUGUCCAGAGGGGAAGGUACUGGUCAAUGGCACCUGUAGUGAUGCGAUCAUCUCAGGUGAACUGUGCCGUCCCCCCUGUGAGAAUGGAGGCCGCUGCUUAGCCAAUGAGAAAGGAGACUGGAGGUGCUACUGCUGGCCUGACUUUUCAGGGGAGCGCUGUGAGGUCAACCACUGUACAGACUACUGCCUAAAUGGAGGCACCUGCAUGGGCUCACCCCUGGGUAAGCCUACCUGCCGCUGUCCUGUGGGUUUCUCAGGGCCUUUCUGUGAGAGGAGGAUUUGUGACAACUACUGUUUAAACGGAGGAACAUGCGACGUCACUCAGGGGAACCAGCCAGUAUGCCGCUGUAUGGCAGAAUAUACUGGGGACCGCUGUCUUUACCACAUCUGUCAUCACUACUGUGUGAACUCCAAGGCCUGCACGCUAUCCAGUAGCGGCUACGUGGAAUGUGUGUGUCCUGCCAGGUUUGAAGGGAACAAGUGUGAGGUGGACAAGUGUCUUCGAUGCCACGGUGCUCCAUGCCUCAUUAACGAGGACACAGGAGAUGUGGUUUGCAAUUGCACAAAUGGCAGAAUAGCGCCAAGCUGUCAGCUGUGUGACGGAUAUUGCUACAAUGGAGGCACCUGUCACCUGGACCCCGACACCAACCUGCCUUUCUGUCAAUGUUCAGCCAAUUGGGCAGGAACACAGUGUGAGAGACCCGCCCCUAAAAGCAGCAGAUCAGACAACACCAGUGGAGGGAGCAUAGCUAUCAUUGUGCCUCUGGUCCUGCUGGUAAUCUUGAUUGUGAUGGUGGUAGCAGGUGUUUACAUCUGCAGACGGAGGCAAAGGGGAAAACGUGUUCAGAGGCAGCCCAUGACAAACGGAGGGAUAAACGUGGAGAUUGGGAACCCGUCAUACAACAUGUAUGAAGUGGACCAUGACAACCACGCUGAUGCAGGCAGCCUGCUGAGACCCAACUUCACGCUGGACCCUCACAAGGGCUGGUGUGUAAAAUCCAGUGACCCUCACACCUUGGGCAUCAAUUCUGUGCCCAAGGAGGUAAUCCCUGGACAGCCCAUGAACUACUCCAACCCAGUGUAUGCAAAGAUCUAUAUCGACGGGCAAAACUGCCGGAAGCCAGUCAUCAGUAUUGACGAGAGGAGAGAGCUACUCCCAAAGAAACUAGAGGGGACAAUUCACGAAACCGCCGCAUAGCCUAACUUUACACUUUGUACUUCUUUUUUUUACCACAGUGUACAAUGUAUAAUAUGAAGGAGGAAAGAAGAAGUUUUCUAUUUCCUAUGAGGCUCUUAGGUUUUACCGGUUUAGCAUCAGCAUAAUGUCCUUGUUGGUGUGCUGAAGAGAUUUAUUUUCCAUUUACUGUUUGCUUUCUAAUGUUUGUCAAACAUAAGUUAUACAGCGCUAUACUGUAUACUGUAUGACACUGAAGUAAAGCUGCUGAUUUGCAAAAACUUUAUUAACACCAUAAGCCACACUUGUGCACAGUUUAAACCUUAAAAUGCAGUGCUAAAAUUUGUACCCAUAUCUGUUUCUAGUUUCAGUGGAAUACGGGCAGUGUGUCGUUUUGUGAGGGUAAUGAAAGAAGGUUGGCUCAAUUUUUCUGAACAAAUGUAAGUAUCUUAGAGAAGAGUUAAGUGGGUUGUUUCUAAGGCUUUUUCUUUUUUUUAAACAUUUCAUAAGAUGUGCAGGCCACAAAGCUUCACAACUGAGCAGCGAGGCUUGAUAUUUUUGAGGUUUUGUCUCUUUUUUUUUUCCUCGAUACCUGAUGGAUCUACUGACUGGAUUUCCAGUGAAGGCCAUACUAUCAACAUUAUCUUUUCUCACACAAUAUGUUAUUCCAUAGGUCUUGUGUCUUUUCCAUUUCCGUGGAUUCCCAGCUCCAUCCGCCCUGUUUUCUACAGUAUUAUACCACACGCACCUAUCCUUUGAUGAAAGAGAUUGAAGCCCACCUUGAAUGUUCUCCGAUCAGAUUCCCAGAUCCUGUACUGUACACUGAAAAGACAGAUAGUGAAUACCAUAUUUUUCUAGGUCUCAUAUAUCAACAGAUGGAUGAAAGAUGUAGACAAGGAAGAGGUUUACCACAGCUACAAAAAGGUUAUUAAGAGUUAUUAUAAACACAUCUGUUACUUCAGAAAAGGAAGAUGAUAAAUAUAAGAAAUUUUAUAAUUUUGUAUUUGAUUUGUAUGUUGUUUGGCUGCUUGUAUUUUGAAGAAAUGUAUUAAAUGUAAGUAAUUUUUAUAUAAAAUGUAAAUCGAUAUUGAAUA